AUGAUCGUUCUAUUCUUCUGCACUUUCGCAUUAUCACAAUACACAUGCACAACCGCAGAAACACUUGAUUUCCCAACAGCAUCGGUCGACAUUGCUUUUGGAACAUCAACGCCAGAGUCAAUUAUUGACACAGAUUAUGUCAAAAAAACAGUGAAAGGUAAGUAUUUUAAAAUCACUACUGACGUUUCAAAAGCGAUAUUUCUCAGGGUCUCAACAUGUAAAGCGACAACAACAAUCCCCACUGAAAUUUAUAUAUUUCAACAGUGUGCAAACGACAUAGCAUCAAAGAAAAUCGCAGUCUCUGGUAUCGAUGAUGUCUGUGCGUCUCACAAAGACUUUCCAAUUCUCAACACAUAUCUUCAGCCAGCUCAAACACUAUACAUCUUCGUCAAAUUAGAAGAAAACAAUGAGGUUGGCACUGUUUCAAUGUUUACUCAAGAAAUUAAUACCGACAAUAGUAAUAGAGAGUGUGACACCGCUCGAAUAGUCUCUGCACUACCAUACACAGACGACGCCGUGUUGUUUUCAACUGGAAUACAAGACGAAAUACAACCGGUCUGCUUUGUUCAAAGGACAUUUUCUCGGUGGUACAAAAUCACUGGAGAUGGUAAGGCAGUUGUAGCACACACGUGUAAUUACUACACCAACUUUGAUUCUCGACUCUCUGUUGUGGAAGACGUCAAAUUAAUAAAUGGGAAGUGUAAUGAUGCAGAUUGUAAGGUCUUUGCAGACGAUGGAUGUGGGACCGAAAAGAAGUCAACUAUCAUAGCUUUUAACACAGUAGCCAAUAAAGUGUAUUAUAUUGGCGUGUCUAGUGUACUAAAGGCUGAAGGACAGUUCCAAAUAACUAUUGAACACUUGGAUACAUCUAUUCCAGCUGUAUGUACUGCUGCAUUACCAAUAAAGAACAUCCCAUUUUCAAAGUCGGUGACCCUUGGGGUUAAUUGGCCAACAACUAAAUCUGUUUGUUUAGGGCCGGGUGCUGAUGUCAGAGGUGUAUACCUCACAUUCACUGCUUCACAUGAAAGUGAAUAUGUUUUCUCAUCAUGCAAAUCGCUAGAUAAAGACAUGGAGACCAUUGGGGUUGGUGUUGAGUUUAUAUCAAAUUGUGAUAAAGAAGAGUGUGCGAUGGACAAUGUGACAUAUGGAGAAUGUGGUGAUAACAAUUAUCUUGUUAAAAGUAUGAAGAAAGGGGAGACAGUGACAUUACUCACAUUUUGUCAAGACUCUACAUGUACAUUAUCUCUUAAUGUAUAUGACAAAGGUGUGUCGCACAGCACAUGUGAGAAUGCGUUGACAUUGUCUGUGUCAUCAACAUUCAAUGAUUUUGCUGUAAUGAAUACCACACAACUUUCGUAUCAUGGGUGUGACUCUGUAAUUAAGUAUGAUAAAGGGUUAUGGUAUCGGCUCAUUCACGUUACCGAGGGACAAUCCGAGGCAUUUACUAUCUAUGCAACAGACUACUAUCAUUACGCAGUUGGAUACAUCGAAUUAUCAAGAGGGUGUAUGCAAAUUCAAUGUGAUGGCGUUUUCCAAGGAGCGUCUACUUUCUUACUGACUUUUGAUAAAAAGGAGCAAUAUAUCUUUGUAUAUGGAGAUGGAGAACAACAAGUGCUUCAAAUUUCGAUAAUCAAAAAGGAAGAAGACGCAUAUCAUAAAUGUAGUAGUCCUUUACAAGUGAUGUUACCUUACACUGCAGUACAUACAUUCGACUUAACCGCUUCUCAUUUGAUCUGUACAAACACAAAUGCACUCUCGUCAUUCUAUAAAUUUGACUUAGCGGAUGAUGCACAUGUUUUGUUGUCUACAUGUUAUGCUAAUACAUUAAUAGAUACUGCUAUGGAAUUAACUAAAGGUUGCUUUGAAACUCCAGACACGAGUGAAUGUCUUUAUUCUUGUAAAGCCGGAUUGUUAUGUCAAAACAAUGACGCUGAGAUGGACGUCGACUUACAAGCAGAUAAAGACUACAUCUUAAAUGUAUACAGCGAGAGCCCAUUGUCCACAAUUUCUCAACAGUACCGUAUCACUAUCAUCUCGGAUACCCCAGCGCCAGAGUCGCGAUGUGACCAACCAAUCAGAAUUAAUGAAACACAACCACAUGUGACAUUACAAAUAUAUAAUCAAUACAGUCAUGACUCUAAUUUUGGUACUUAUGGCAACUUACGUGGAAAUUACUAUUCCAUUCAAACAAGUGUGGCUAAAGACGUAGAGGUGAAGACGUGUUCAUCAAGCACAACAACAAAUUCCGUCAUUAUCAAAAUGUUGAAUUGUAGUGUUACUUCAGAUGGAGUAAAGUACACCAGUUUCCCUGAUAACAUCAUUGACGUUCAAAAGAGCUCUAUAAAGAAGUGUGACAAAUUUGGAACGUAUAUGUUAUUCACAACAGAGCCUAAUGAACCAUUGCUAAUAUUCGUUGGUGGUGAAAACUUCAUAGAGAAUGGCUUUAUUAAUGUCGAUAUCACUCUAAGUGAUUUAGAACAAUCGAUAUCGUCGCAUCAAAGUGGAGACGAUGAUGAUGGUCUUAAUGGCGGUCAAAUAUUUGGUAUUGUCGUAGGCGUACUUAUUGGUGUAGCCCUUGUAGUAGCAUUUGUUGUGAUUUUAGUCUUCGUCGUCGUUUACUUCGUAAGAAGAAACAAGAACUACGGGACAAUCGAGUAA